GUCCUGGCUCUUCCUCCUGGGCGUCUUCCUCCCUCUUGGGCUGUUCCGGGUGAGACGUCUCCCUCCCUCCGCCCCUCUGAUCCUCUUAUCAGCGAGUAAGCGGCCAAGAUGGAUGUUGCAAACCAGUUGGUGGCCCAAGGGCAGUUCACGGUAGUCAAGCAACCUCUGGGAUUUAUAAAAAUUCUACAAUGGAUCUUUGCAAUCUUCGCCUUCUCGACAUGUGGCAGCUACUCUGGCAUGUUCAAGAUGAGCGUGGAGUGUAAAGAACGGUCAGAGAGUGACCUAGGCAUUGAAGUAGAAUUUGAAUAUCCAUUCAGGCUCCAUCAGGUUUACUUCGAUGCCCCCACCUGUACGGGAAGAAAUACUGAGCGUCUGUUCCUGGUCGGAGACUACUCCUCCUCAGCUGAGUUCUUUGUCACCAUUGCCGUGUUUUCCUUCCUCUACUCCAUGGCAGCCCUCUCUGUAUACUGCUUCAUACUGGAGAAGUACCGCGAAAACAACAAGGGGGCUCAGAUUGACUUUGUUGUGACAGCAGUAUUUGCCUUCAUGUGGCUGGUGUCCUCCUGUGCUUGGGCUAAAGGCCUGUCAGAUGUGAAAUCAGCCACCGAUCCAGAGCGGGUUAUCACUUUCAUCUCAGCCUGUGGCGAGUCAGAGAAUCGCUGCAAUGAGGUCUACGACCCCAAGGUCUCCGGCCUCAACACCUCCGUGGCUUUCGGUUUCAUCAACCUGAUCCUGUGGAUAGGAAACCUGUGGUUUGUGUUCAAGGAGACCGGCUGGAUGGCCGCCUUCUCCGGAACAUACGUCCCAUCACAGGAAAAGCAGCCUGCCCCCGAUUCCUUUGGCCAGGCAGGCUACGGUCAGCAGGACCCCUACGCCGGCUCCCAGGGAGGAUACCAGCCAGAGUACGGCCAGCAGGGAGGCUACAACGAGGACGGAGGUUACAGCCAGGGCUAUGAGCAGCAGCCCACCUCCUACUCUAAUCAAAUGUAAACCUGUCCAGUCUAACCACAGCUGGAAGAUGGGUGACCUUCUGAUUUCGGAGGGUGGCUCUCGACCACCUCCUGCAUUUCCUCACUCCUCUGUUUGUCUGUUUGUGUAUCUGUGAGUUGACAGGCGGAGGGAGGGAGGCAUGGAGGGCAAAAACUGGUGGUGGGGCCUGGGGAGGGGAGCACCACUGGGUUGACAAGAUGGUGGGGAGGGUAAAAAAAAAAAAAGGGAGGGAGGGGGGGUCUUUGCUGUAACAUGAUGUUUAUUCUCGUGAUGUAUUUAACUGUAGAAGACAACAGAGGAUUGUCUGUUUGGUUAUACGAGAAAAACUUGAAUACAAAUACCAAAACAUUCGUUGACGAACAUUUAAGAGAAAUCUUGUAAUGGAAAAGACUUACAUUUAUGGAAAAACAAAACAAAAAAAACAAUUGUAGUAAUAUUUAACUUGGGAGAAUGUAUUUGUCUGUGCUGUGUAAAUAUCAACAUGCUGAUAUAUACGAUUAUAUGUACACAGUUGAAUAAUUGUGCACUCCAUAUAAGUUGUUAUACAACAAAUGUUGAGCACAGAGUUAUUCAAUUGGAUUUACUUUGGUUCUGUUCAGGAGCUCACAUAGUUUAGUCUUUGCCCUUCAAUUUCCCUUAAAUUAUUCAUACCAUAAUAUGUUUUCAUUUACUCAUUUCAGAAUCUACGAACAUCUUUUUUUAAAAUUUUCUCAUGUGUUUUUGUUUUUAAUGUUUUCAUUUGAUCAGCAUUAUUAACAGGAUUUAAAGAGCGGGGGAGGGGAUGGUUGUUGAAAGUAUGGCAAAUAUUGACAAAAGAGAUUUAUCCAUAUAUGAAAAAUGAGCAGAGAAAGAGUAAUGUUUAGCGAUGAGAGUGAAUAGAUUAGGUUUUAAGUAUUUUAACUUUAUUUAUGUUUUUAUACAUUUUGUUCCCAUCAAAUAUUGCUGUACGCGCAAGGGUGAACCCUUGUAAAACACAGAAUAUUUAAAAUCCUGACGUAUAAGAUCAAAAAUGCAUAGGGUUAAGAAAAAUUAGUGAGCAUGGUAGCAUCUCAUAUUUGCCGUGCUGUUUUUUUUUUCCAAAACUGCGAUAGUGUGCUGUCAGUAUGAAAUUUGUGAAUCGGGGCAGUGAACAACAGUUUUAGCGACGUGUGUUUGUUUAUUUGUUUAUGGAUUUAUGUAACGGCAUCAAACAAAUGUUGUCAAUGAACCUCGUCCUGUUUUGAUCGCCUUUUAUGUGGUCCAGAAAGUUGUAAGACAGAGUCAUAUAGUUUUUUAACUGGUGUUUCUAUCACACUGUAAUCAGACGUACAUACUCACUCAUCAACAUGAGCUGUAGGUAAAUGAGAAUCAAGUAUAUUACACUUUAAAGACCAUGGCUAGACCAUAGUAAACACAUAUUAUUAUGAGGCCGUCUGAUAUGUCUCCAUAUAUACUUCUCCUGCAUCCUCAAUCCUUCUUUAUCUCCUCUCUCUCUCUCGAAGGCAAGCGAAUUUACUGCAUGCAUCCUUAUAUCCUAAAGCAUCCCUUAACAUGUUUGAGAGGCUGAGGCUCAAGGCUGCAGGAAAGUCAGACUACACAGUAAUACCGUGGUAAUUUUGAUCCAUCAUAGUGGUUACUACACAAAACGUACAGCAGCUCUGCUAUAUUCUUCUCAAAGCACAAAGUAAAUGCUGCAAUAACUACUUCUUUCCAAAUAUAUAAAUACACCUGUCCUACUGCCAAUCCUCUGUUUGGAUAUAGAAGAUCGUGUUUGCCAAAUGGUAAGAGAUGUAAUUGGUAGUUUUUGCUUCCACUGUCCUCAUAAGGAUGAAUUGUUGUCCAUCUCCAGUAUAUAUUGAUCCAUUGCUCAGCCUUGGAUUCACUCAUUUUUUUUUAAAUCAGGGUUCUUUGAUUCAGGCGGUGUAGAAGCACCUGGCUUUCUCUCUUCCUCUAGUCCACCCCACCCUACCCUCUGUUUCUUUCUCUCUUUCACUGUAGCUCUUAUAAAUAUGCUGAAAUGAAAUAUACUCUGUUGUUAGUGGUGAAUGAUGUCUUGUGGUACUCUCUACGCCUUUGGAUAGUGCUGUGUUUAUUGUGUAUGAUGUAUUCAUAUUAGUAUUUAUGAUAAUGAUAAGUCAGAGAAAAAAAAAAUAUCCAAGGCUCUCCAGAAUUCUGCUGUAUUCUUAUUAUAUGGGAUCCAUGUGAAACAAAAUGAAAUAAACUUGAAAUUAUUCUGUUGAAGGUUAAAA